AUGACGAAAAAGAGAGGCACCCAGACCACACCAGCAAAGGCUUCAUCAGCCACAACCACGGCAUCCCAUGCUCAAGCCUCAUCAUCAGCCAGUACUACAGCACCUCAACAGCAACUCUCAUCAAAAGCAGAGGGUUUAUUCCGUAAUAUGAUUAAAUCCUAUGAAGAAAAACAAUAUCAAACAGCUAUAUCUAUUGCCGAUAGUAUUCUCAGAGACCAUCCACAACACGGAGAUACUCUGGCUAUGAAGGCUUUAUUGACUAGAUAUAUCAAAGAACAAGAGAUUAACAAACAACCUCAUUUCAAUACAGGUUUUUAUUACAAUGCUUCUGCUAGCAAUGCCUCUCAGCAACAAGAAUUAAUGAUUAUUGACAAGACGUACAAGAAGGACUGCUACAAUGCUGUAAAGAGAGCUUUGGAGCUUGUAAACAACAAAUCAUUUAUUUGUUGGCACGUCUAUGGACUUAUGUGCAAGGAUGAUUUUAAAUAUUCUCAAGCCAUUACUUGUUUCCAGAACUCUAUGAAAUUUAAUCCAGUCAACGAACUUCAAGCUUGGCGUGAAUUAAGUAAUGCUCAAAUUCAUGCAAGAGAUUACAAGGGAGCUCUUGAAAGUAGGAAAAAGUUGUUAGAGUUGAAGCCUGGAAUUAGCGCCUUUUGGAUUGGUUAUGCUGUUGCUCAACAUUUACAUGGACAUUUAGCAGGAGCUAUUCAAACUGUAGACAAAUUCUUGUCUGCUGUCUUUGAUCAAGCUCAUAGAGAGUCCAAGACAUACAAAUUUGAAAAAUCAGAAAUGUUACUUUACUUGGCUCAAUUACAGUUUGAGAAUGGUCAAUACAAGGACUGUGUGGACACUUUGAUCAAAAACUCUCCAUUUUUGGCUGACCAAAUUUCUGUACUGGAAAGAUUAGGAGAAUGUUAUCUCAAAUUGAAUCAAUUAGAAAAUGCCAAGAAGAUUUAUUUACAAUUACUAAAGACAAACUCUGAGAAUUAUGCCUACUAUGGAAAGUAUCAAUUAGCAUGUGGAUUUUCAACAGAAGAAAAUAGAUUCCUUCUCGAUGAUCGUCAGAAUGAACAAACAAGAAAACUCAACGAAGAAAUUGCUGCCAAAUUGUACCAAAUGUACACGACAGAUGAAUCAUUGAAAGAAUACAGAGAAAAAUCUCCUGUGAUGAAAAUGAUUAUUCUUUUGCUGGCACCUCCAUACAAUAACACGGGAGCAUCAGACACAUUUAGAGAACAUUUGAUUAACUUUGUUGAGCCAUACUUGUUCAAGACCAUUCCAUCUCUUUUCAAGACACUGAAGAUUAUCUAUCAGAAACAAUCUCACAAAAUUUCAAUCAUUGAAAAGGUCAUGAUGGAAAGAUUGCAAACCGAGCAAUCUAAUUCUUCUUCUAAGGAUCCAUCAGUAUUGUUGUGGAUUUUGGUCUAUCUAUCACAACAUUUUGAUGCCAUUCAAGAUUACAAUAAGGCUCUUGAUUACAUUAAUCAAGCUAUUGAUCAUACACCAACUCUUGUAGAGUCAUACAUGUUGAAAGCCAAAUUUUACAAACACGUAUUUAAUACUGAACAAGCUGCAUUGUGUAUGGAACAAGCACGUAAAAUGGAUCUCUCCGAUCGUUAUCUCAAUACCAAAGCAACCAAGUACUGGAUGAGACAUAAUGAAAUUAUCAAGGCUGAUGAUCUUAUUAGUAUUUUUGCCAAACAUCCAAAAGAUGCCAACGCAAAGAAGCAAGAAAGGUUGAAACAACAACAACAUUUAGAAAAAGGUGAAGAUAAAGACGUUAAUGAGGUGAAAAAGGAAGAAACAAAGGAAGAUGGCAAUGAAGCAGUGAAAAAGGAAGAACACAAGGAAGAGAAAGCUGAUUCCAAUCUCAUUCCUAUUGAAGACUCUGCCAUUUAUCAUCGUAACAAUGUUCAUGAUAUGCAAUGCAUGUGGUUUGAAAAUGAAUGUGCAGAUGCUCACUUUAGAAAAGGAGAAGUUGCUCUUGCUGCUCGUCAGUAUUACUAUGUGGUUCAACACUUUAUGGAAAUUUAUGAAGAUCAAUUUGAUUUCCAUACUUACUGUGCCAGAAAAGUGACCAUGCGAUCUUACAUUGAAAUGAUGAGAUAUUUUGAAAAGUUGUAUGCUCAACACUAUUAUUUCCAUGCCAUUUGUGGUUUGCUUAACAUUUAUUUAUUGUUAUUGAGAAAGAAAGAAUUAGAAAAUAAUAUUCCAUUCGAUAGUGCAACUGAAUAUGGUACAAUUAAUGCUACAUAUACUUCUAAUUUCCAAAAUAUUGAUUUGAGAAAGGAUGAAGAUUUGAAUGGUCUCUACAUUACCACCAAGUUGAAUUUAUUUGAUGAAUGUACCAAAUAUUUGAAACAAUUAGAAGAAUAUCAUGCAAACGAAGUCGUUACACAAAUCUAUGCAAUGACCAUUUAUUUGAAGAGCAAAAAGUACUUGUUGGUUAGCAAGGCUUUGAAGAAGGCUCUUGAAUUAUCUCCAUUGGACUACAGAGUACACUUUUUGAAAAUGCAAUACUUGACUACCAUCAAUACCAUUGUCAAGUCCGAUCCAAAUUCAACAGAUUCACUUUCUAAAUUGUUGCAAAUGGAUUACCAAAAGAUUACUUCUGGAAAGUCUUUGGAUGAAAUGAACAAUGAAUAUUUGAGAAGAGUCAACUCGGAAAGAUCAUCAUCUCCAGUACUUGGUACUCUUGCUUUCAAUGCUGUUCAACAAUUAAUUUCAUCAUCCUCAUCACCAUCAUCACAACACUUAAUUCUUGAGAGUGUUGAAAAGAGUUCACUCCGUGAUUGUGUUGUUGCAUUUGGUAUUCUGAGCAAGAAGAAACUGACCAACAGACCUUACAAGAAGGAAGAUUAUCUCAUCAGUCCUCAUUUGGAUUUGGAUAUUUUCUCAUCACAACAAGAACAAUUAGAAUUUAGUACCAAGUUGAAAGAGCAAGUUGAGAAGCAUUUCAAUAUGAAAAUUAACGAGCAGUAG